AUGGUUGAGAACAAUGAGGCUACGUUGAAAGAACUAGAAAAAAGUUAUUGCCCACCUCUCGAUGCUGCUUUGAUUACCGCAAUUGCUCUCGACUAUGACCUUGCGGACCAGGUGCAACUUCAGCAACUUCGCGAGGCGCUUGACGCCCUCGCACUUACGGCAUGGGAACAAGAUGAUCUACCAUUCGAUCCUUCGGGGACAAGCGGCCUGAACUCAAGCAGUGAGCUAGGACUAUCCCAGGCUGACACAAAUACAAACCCGUCGCGAGCGACCGAUACCACAAGCGAAUUCUCGUCUCUUAGUCUGAGCGACAGGAGCCAAUCGACGUGUUCUCCAGGAUUGACAUACACUACAGGCCCAGAUGAGAGACCAUUGUUAUCUGGCGACCCAGAGGAGAAUAAGAUACUAUAUCUAUGUGAAAUGUUUCCUAACACUGAACGUUUCACGAUCGAGUAUACACUGAGAAAGUCAAACGGAGACGUCGAUCGGGCCAUGGAUGAGUUGCUCAACUUCGCUUUCCUAAAAAAUGAGUCGCCUAAUGCCGUACCGAAAGGCGUCGAAGGCUUUGGGAAUGAAGAUGCUGGCCGAAAGAAGAGUCGCAAGCGCAAAGGGAAAAAUAAGCACGGUCGAAACCAAGAUUCAGGAUUAACCGUCAGUCUUGACAGUGAGCUUGUGUUGCAAGAUUCCAGCAAUACAGUCAACAAGUGGGACGCUGCUCAGAAGGAUGUUGACUUCAUCUGUGCCCGGACUUUUCCUACCCUCACCAGGGAAACGGUCACGUCGACAUACCACGCAAAUGGGGCCUCUUUGUCUGCUACUAUCCAUUUUCUAGCGAAUUCAAAUGCGCCUAAGGACAAAUCGAGCAUUGAUAAACAUCCGGUCAUGGUCCGCCAAGUCGACGAGUUGAUGCAGGAUUUCCCGGACAUCGCACCAGAAAUCCUUGCUGGUUUACUUGUAAUCACGAGAGAUUCAAUUUCGGCUGCACACGAGUUGGCAAAGGCCUACAUGACAAACCCGGCACCAAGAUCUGCUGUUGAACUGAUCAAGUUUACAAGCUCGCCCCCUCCACAUGAAGUUGAAGAAGUACCCAAGCGCCGGACUGCCGACUCAAGAUCAUAUGAGCAGGCGACCGCUUCCGCAGGGUACCACUCCUAUGCUGCAACAGAGGCGCUUACGAAGGCUUCGGCUGCCUACAGACGCGGCAAGUCUGAUAGACUGAUGGGAGGAGCUGCCGCUUAUUAUUCAGCGGUUGGCCGUGAACACCUUGAGCGUGCGAAGAGGGAGGCAGCCGCCUCGGCUGAUGCUCUUGUCAGCCAACAGUCAUCGUGGAACGAGCUUGACUUGCACGGCGUUUCCGUACAGGAUGCAGUCCGCAUAGCGAACGAGCGCGUGGGAAUAUGGUGGGAAUCGCUUGGGGAUUCCAAGUACAUGAGGGGCAGCGACGGCGACGUUGCUCGCGGAGGUUAUCGCAUCAUCACUGGCAUGGGACGGCACAGUCACGACGGGACUUCGCGCAUCGGCCCAGCGGUCGCGAAGUCAUUAGCGCGCGGAGGGUGGAGAGUAGAGGUUGACCAGGGUUUUUUGAGGGUAGUAGGAGUUGUUCGGCGUCGCUAA